GCUUCGCAACCAGCUCACGCGUUUCUGUCGUCCUCGUUCCCGUCCUCUCGUGGUUCCGACAUUCCUCGCCUGCUCACGCGCUUCGGUAUAAAAGGCAGCUUGUUACCGUCCAUCAUGUCUGUGUCACCGGACAAACGACGAAAGAUGGAGUCAGCUCUUGACCAGCUGAAGAAAUACACAGUGGUUGUUGCAGACACGGGGGACUUCAAUGCAAUUGAAGAGUACAAACCCCAGGAUGCCACCACCAACCCGUCUCUCAUCCUGGCUGCUGCAAAGAUGACUGCAUAUCAGCAUCUUGUAGACCAAGCAAUCAAAUAUGGGAUUGCCAAAGGCGGGAGUGAAGAGGAACAGGUGACCAAUACUAUGGAUAAGCUGUUUGUGAGCUUUGGGUUGGAGAUCCUGAAAAAGAUCCCAGGCAGGGUCUCCACAGAGGUGGAUGCGAGACUGUCGUUUGAUAAGGAUGCCAUGGUGGCUCGUGCCAGGAGACUGAUUGCCCUUUAUGAGGAGGCUGGAGUGAGUAAAGAGCGUGUGCUCAUCAAACUCUCCUCUACCUGGGAGGGCAUUCAGGCCGGACGUGAGUUGGAGGAGAAGUAUGGCAUCCAUUGCAACAUGACUCUGCUGUUCUCCUUUGCCCAGGCAGUGGCUUGUGCUGAGGCUCAGGUUACUCUCAUCUCCCCCUUCGUGGGCCGUAUUCUGGACUGGUACAAAGAGAACACAGAUCGCAAGAGCUUCGAACCCCAUGAGGACCCAGGUGUGAUAAGUGUUACUAAAAUCUACAAUUACUAUAAGAAGUUUGGCUACAAAACAGUAGUGAUGGGCGCCUCCUUCAGGAACACAGGGGAGGUGAAGGCUUUGGCUGGCUGUGAUUUGCUCACCAUCUCCCCUGGGCUGCUAGGGGAACUUAGCCAGGACCACAGUGCAGUGACUGCGAGUCUCACACCACAGAAAGCUGAAGCAUGUGAUCUAGAGAAGCUGCACUUGGAUGAGAAGGCAUUCCGCUGGCUCCACAAUGAAGACCGCAUGGCUGUGGAGAAACUCUCCGAUGGAAUUCGCAAGUUUGCUGCUGAUGCUGUCAAGCUGGAGACCAUGAUCAAGGAGAAGAUGCUGAACGUGAAGAAUGGUCAGUAGUGGUGAAGUGUGGAGAGAGAAGAAAAAAGAAAACAAAAACCAACCGGGUUGAUGAUGGAAUGGGACCACCUGAACCUUAUUGAUUGCCCCUUCGUGUUACGUUGUGCCCCUGCUGGCUGAAAUUGUGACUGACUGCUGAUUGUACUUUCUUAAAAGAAAACAUUCCUUAGUUCUGAGAGUGUGAACAAUGAUGUGUGUUUGAAGAAUGAACUUGUGCUGUUGCGCAAGGGUGAAGGCGUCAUUAAGCAUAGAUCUCUCAUCAGGAUCCCCCAAAUGCAUACUCAAACCUAAAAGUCAAAACUUUAUUAUAGAUGUAUGACUAGGAGCACUUUUCUACCUGCUGUGCUGAUGACUUGGAUGGACACAAAAGAGAACUUAAGAAGAUUAUUAGAGGACCACUGCCCCUUCACCAGGCAAAAAUGAUGGUGUUUAGCACUAUGAUCCUUUUUCCAGUUUGUAUUCCACUGUCUUUGAAGGGAAUUGAUGAAAUCUUAAUGAGCAGAUUACCUCAGGACAUGGUGAUGAUUAAUACAAUUAAUAUCUGAAAUCCAUUUAUUAAAGCUUUUGUUCCCCAAAA